UGGACUCGCCCCUCAUCAUAUCUAAUUCCUGCUCCGGUAGCAGUGACAAACACGGCCGCACCUCGAUGGUAGGACGGACGGGAACGAGGGUUUGAGAAGAGCAGCACAUGGCCUGCUCUGGGGAUGCUUCUGGUUCAGCCCUUCUUCGUUCUUUUUUUUUUUUUGUUUCUUUUUUGGCUUUUCCAUGUUAGCCGCGCUGACACCCUCAGGCUGGAUCCCACGGGCUACAAUGUCUGCAAGAGAGCUGUAGAGAUCCGGCUAAGCAGCGGGGCAUGGUUUGUUUGGCAGGUUAGCGCAAAUAGAAGCUGGAUGUUCACAAGUUUUGCUCGGGCUCUGCCUUGAACCGCGCGGCGUAGGAUUCCACGGAGAGACUUGAGUGCCAUGUUCAAUUUGCAGACCAAUCAGUGCGUCUAUUCUGCGCCGUCAACUUCGUAUGGUUGUUUCUCUAGAACUUCACGAGGCUAGGUGAGGUGAAGACGAGGGU